AUGCUCCUCCUAUCUGUUCUUGUAGUACUGUUAUCAGUAGUGUACUUUUUGUAUAGGAAAUGGGUUUCUACUGCGGAUUUGUUGGAGAACUCUGCCAAAACUUUUGAUGCAGAGAUCAUCAAGUUGAGAACAAAAUUGUCUGAACUAGAGGCUAGUCAAAACCAAACUACUAUAUCAAAGCAGGAUAUAGAGCGAAAACUGCUGAAAGAAAAAGCUGACAGUGAAAGAAAGAUCGGUGAGUUGGUAUCAGAUAUCAAAAAACAGGACUGGCACUCGAGAUCGCUCGACCAGCAGUUGUCAGCUUCCCAGCAAGAAGUCGCAACCUUGAAGAAGGAAUUGCAAGUAGCGAAGCGCAGCGGCAUGGAUUUGAAUACAAAAAUGGAAAAUUUGGAGCUUCAGUACAAAUUCAAUUUGAACACUGAAUUGGAACUAUUCAAGGCCAAAGAAGGUUUGGAGUUUGAAGAAUUGAAAGUCCUGUAUAAAGAUCUUACUGACAAGCACAGCAAGUUGAGUGAAACUAUUGGUGGAGUAGUGAAGAAAAACCAGAAAAACGAACUAGAGAUUCAACAAUUAAAUGAAGCAAUUCUGAAGAAGGUGGAAGAAGAAAAAUGGUUGAUAAAAGAGUUAGAAAGCAUACAGGGAGAUGGCGCGGAUGAAGAAGAGACAAAUGGUGACUGUAGUUCUGUAGUUGAAAGGGCUGUAUCAAUCGCUAGCCUGAUUAGCCGGAAGAGCUUAGAUUCAGGAAUCGCAGUACAAGAUCGUAUUAAUGAAUUGGAAUCAGUAAUUGAAGAGCAAGAAGACAGCUUGAAUGAGCUUGAAGAAGAUCUCAAAGAUUUGAACCAUAAAUAUGAACUCCUGCAACAAGAGGUUCAGAAUGGGUCCAAACUAUCACAUCAAUUAGAAGCAAAAAUCAAAUCUCUAGAAUCUACUAUCGAAAAGAAAGAUGGAGAUAUUAAUCAGUUAGAGAGUCAGAUUAAGGAAUUAGGAAGCGAGUCUCAAAAUGAAGUGGAGAUCACUAACUUAAAGAACGAAUUACUUGCUAGUAGAGAAGAAACUUCAGCACUUCAAGAGAAAUCAACUGCCCAUAAAAUUGAGCUUGAUAGGCUACUUGAAAAGGAAUCCAUAGUAGAAAAGGAGAAGGCAGACUUGAAAUUCAAAGUAAAUGAGCAGUUGGAAUCUCUCGAUGCCCUCAAAAAGCAAGUAGCAGAUUUAGAAGACUCGGUCAAAGGUAAAGAAAUCUCAUCUUCAGUAAAUCCUCAAAUUUAUGAGCUUGAACAAAAAGUAGCAACCCUUGAAUCAGAGCUUUCCACCGAAAAGAAAAACGUCGCUUCUCUUCAAACAGUUCUUCUGGAUUCUAAGCAUGAAGCAGAAGCACUUGAAAACCAAGUUGAAAGCUUAACAUCAGAUAUUGAUUCAGAGAAAAUUAAAUCAACAAAAUUGAGCGAAGAACUAAAUGAUCUACAGGAAACUGCGAACAAAACAGCUUCAUCCGAAACAGAAAGAGUGAAUAGUGAGAUCUCCACAUUAAAAACUCAAAUUACGGAUCUUGAAAAGCAAGUGGAAGAUUCUGAGUCAAAAAUUGAAGAUCUUGAAAAGCAACUCAGAGUUUCUAAAGCAGAGGUAAGCCAAAUUGAAAAUGGUUUCAAGGAUUCCCAAUCUCUGCUUGAAAAGCAAUUGACAGAAGCAAAAAAAGGAGUAACGCAACUUGAGGAACAAGUGAAGGGUUCUACAGCAGAGGUGACGCAACUUAACGAACAAUUGGAGAAUUCUAAAGUACAGGUCGCAGAGCUUGAAAAGCUAUUGAGGGAAUCUAAGGCAGAGAUUAAAGACAUUGAAUCUCAAUUAAAGGACUCCAGAGCGGAGAUUGAAGACCGUGAAGCAAUAAUUCAAAAGCAAAGACAAGUAAUUGCGACCAACCUAAACACCUUAAAAGCAAAUAGAUCGAGGGAUGCGACUCCAUUGAGUUCACCUUUAAAACCUUCCAAUAAAGCUGAAAGCUGA